AUGCCUGCAGCAACAGAAAACCCCAGCGCAGGCGCCAGUCACACCGACUUUGACCUCAUCAUCGUGGGCGCAGGUAUCGCCGGUAUCAAUGCUGCCUACCGCUUCCAAACCGGCACGCCCGCUGGCAGCUCGUACGCCAUCUUUGAAGCGCGCGACGACCUCGGCGGUACCUGGGACCUCUUCCGCUACCCAGGCAUCCGGUCCGACUCGGACAUCUUCACCUUUGCCUUUCAGUGGAACACGUGGCCCAAGACGGGCACCAUGGCCAGCGGGCAGGAGAUUCGCACCUACAUGAAGGAGUCGGCGCAGAAAACAGGCAUCUACGACAAUAUCCGUUUCAGGCACAAGAUCAUCGCCGCCAACUGGGAGUCGGCGCAUUCCCGCUGGGCGAUUACGGCCUCGGCCCCAGGCACCAAGGACCCCAAGGUCUACUACAGCCAGUUCAUGUAUCUCGCGACCGGGUAUUACGACUAUGAGACACCGCUUCACACCAUUAUCCCUGGCAUCGACAACUUUCAGGGCAAGGUGCUGCAUCCGCAAUUUUGGCCGGAAGAUCUCGACUACAAGGGCAAGGAGGUCGUCAUUAUCGGCAGUGGCGCGACUGCGGUGACCAUGGUGCCCUCAAUGUCCGACAAGGCCAAGCAUGUGACGAUGCUUCAACGAAGCCCGACAUACAUAUUCCCCUUGCCCCAGCACGGAACGAUGGCGCGCAUUGUGUUUCUCCUGUUUCCGCAGUCCAUCUCCCACCUGCUUCUCCGAGCGGGCUGGGUCAUCCAACUCGUACUGAUGAUUCAGUUUUGCAAAUAUUUUCCAGGCAUCGUGCGACGCGUCAUCAAGUACGAAAACGUGAAACGUCUGCCUGCUGAGGUUCCGUGGGACCCUCACUUCAACCCGCGCUAUAAUCCCUGGGAGCAGCGACUCUGCGCCUCGCAGGACGGCGACAUCUUUGCCGCCCUGAGCACGGGCAAGGCGAGUGUCGUCACUGACACCAUCAGCACCGUUACCAAGGAUAGCAUCAAGCUGAGCUCCGGCAGCGUCCUGCACCCGGACAUCAUCGUCACCGCCACCGGACUGCGGCUCAACUUUGCGGGCGGCAUGGACCUCACCAUCGACGGAAAGCACAUGGACCAGUCGAGGCAGUUUUUGUGGAAGGGCACGAUGCUACAAGAUAUACCGAACCUGUUCUUCACCAUUGGCUUCGAGAAUGCGUCGUGGACGCUGGGCUGCGACUGCGCGGCGUACCUCACCGUCCGUGUGAUUGAGCAGCUGAGGAACAAGGGCCUCAAGGUGGCCGUGCCUCGCAUGAGCGCUUCAGACCAAAAAACAAUGGUUCCGAAGCCCUUGUUCAGUCUGAAAGCAACAUACCUCGAUAGUGUCAACGAGAAACUUCCCAAGGGCGGGAGCGGUGUUUGGGCGCCGAGAACCAACUACCCUGUAGACCUGUGGAAGUCGAGAUAUGGCGACAUUGAAACUGGUCUUGUGAUGAGUUAG